AUGGAGGGCCCAGGAGAUGGAUGGAAAAACAGAUGGGUGGAAUCUAAACAUACUCUGGAUUAUGGUAAAUUUCAGCUCACUGCAGGAAAAUUUUAUGGAGACAAACAAAAAGAUAAAGGUCUUCAGACCAGUGAAGAUGCCAAGUUUUACGCCCUCUCAACCAGAUUUAAGCCAUUCAGCAAUGAGAAUGAGACUUUGGUGGUUCAGUUUUCAGUAAAACAUGAGCAAGGCAUUGAUUGUGGUGGUGGAUAUGUGAAACUCUUCCCUGACACCCUGAACCAAGAGGAUAUGCAUUCAGAGUCUGAGUAUUACAUCAUGUUUGGCCCUGACAUCUGCGGCAUUGGCAACAACAAGGUAUAGGUCAUCCUUCAUUAUCAAGGGAAAUACUAUGAGAACAACAAGACCAUCAAGUGCCAGAUCAAUAAAGACACUCACCUAUACACUCUGAUUAUUCGCCCCAAUGCUACUUAUGAGGUCAAAAUUGAUAACCAGCAAGUGGCAGCUGGGGGUCUGGAAGAUGACUGGGACUUCUUGCCCCCAAAGAAGAUAAAAGAUCCCUAUGCCCGGAAACCAAGGAAAUGGGAUGAGCGUCUGCAAAUAGAGGAUCCUGAAGAUAAGAAACCUGAGGAUUGGGAGGACUUUGAGUUCAUCUCAGACCCAGAGGCCAAGAAGCCAGAUGACUGGAAUGAGGCAAUGGAUGGGGAGUGGGAAGGGCCUCUGAUAGCAAAUCCGAAGUAUAAGGUGAAAUCAGGCAGCAUUUUUGACAGUUUCCUUCUUACGAAUGAUGAAAAGUUUGCUGAAGAUGUUGGAAACAAAACCUGGGGAAUAAGAAAAGUGGAUGUGGGCAAUACUGGAAGGGUGUUGGCUUCUGAUGCUGCAGCUUUCCUGAAAAAAUCAGGACUUCCAGACUUGAUUCUUGGAAAGAUUUGGGAUUUAGCUGACACAGAUGGCAAAGGUAUCCUGAACAAACAACAUGAUCCCAGUAGUCCUUUACUAAUCAGUGCAACCUCUGCAGAACUCCCAUGGGCUGUAAAAUCUGAAGAUAAGGCCAAAUAUGAUGCAAUUUUUGAUAGUUUAAGCCCAGUGAAUGGAUUUCUAUCUGGUGAUAAAGUGAAACCAGUGUUGCUCAACUCUAAGUUACCUGUGGAUAUCCUUGGAAGAGUUUGGGAGUUGAGUGAUAUUGACCAUGAUGGGAUGCUUGACAGAGAUGAGUUUGCAGUUGUAAGUAAUGUAAUCAGUGCUCUUACGGUCUUAACACAUCAUGAUAGUCUCGCAAGUAAAAAUUUCCUAUUGUUGGUUCAUCCUUAG